CCUAGCCCAUAAUAUCUUCACGGAUUGCUCACCGGUGAAAACUCCAAGAUGGCGUCCCGACAAUUUGCGAGAUUGCUGGCUAGAAGGCUUCAUUCCUCUCCGAAAUCCCGGACUCCAUUGAAGGAAGAGUACAUAACCGAAGAGAUACAUGCUGAAGGUACAAUGAAGACAUGGAGAAACGUCUCGGCAUUUGUGGCCAUCCCUGCCAUUGGCAUCUGUAUCUACAAUGCAUACAAGCUGGAGCAGGAGCACCACCACCACCCACGCCCUGACUUCGUGGAAUAUUCUCACCUUAGGAUAAGAUCUAAGCCCUUUCCCUGGAAAGAUGGCAACCACAGCCUGUUCCAUAAUCCCCAUGCCAAUGCUCUCCCUGAGGGAUAUGAAGACGAGGAUGAUCAUUAGUCCAUCAUUUCAUGGAUGAACUGCUUCAUAGAAAUGUAAUUAAGCAAUUAACACAUGCUGUUUGUAAAGAGAUAACGUUGACUUCUUUAAUGUGUGUAAGGUUUGAGCAGCCAAUGCUAUUAAUAAAAGUGACAAUUUUAAAGUAA